AGGUGAAUAACCAAAACCACAAGUCCUCUACAUAGUUCGGUAUUUGUUGUCUUUAAACUCUUUUUCCACUUAAAUAACCAAAUCUUGACAGUGAGGAACAAUGGCUUCAGAAAAACCUGUUAAUCGCCCAUCGGUGAGGCACCCGAGUCACAACCAUCCGCUUUGUGUCUUCAAAGCCCGAGGGGAAGAUGAGAUCAUCUGCUCAGGAUGCGAGCUUGAGCUAACCGGACUAGCUUUCAAGUGUACAAAGUCAGAAUGCGAUUACUUCUUGCACAAGUCAUGUUUCGACCUACCCCGUGAAAUCAAUCACAAGUCUCACCCUGACCACCCUUUAACCUUGCUUCAUUCCUCACCGUAUGGUCAGCCUUACACGUGCGACGCAUGCGGUGAGUACGGAUCCGGAUUCGCUUACAACUGUUCUGAAUGUCAAUACGAUGUUCAUGUCGGAUGUGCCUUUAUCCCUGAGACCGUGAAGCGUGAAGAUCACGAACAUUCACUCACUCUGAUUUACAACACACCGUGUAAAGGUCGUGAGGACGGUACAACGUUCAUGUGUGACCUUUGUGAAGAAACUAUGUCGGAGAAUCUUUGGGUUUAUUAUUGCAAAGAAUGUGAUUAUGGAACACAUGUGCAUUCUUGUCCGGUUUAUGAAGUUCAUAAGCCAAAGAAAAGAGAAGGAGAAGAGAGUUCAGAAGCUUUAAGGAUGCAGUCGUUGAUGGUAGCUCAAGAUGAGCUUGCGGCGAUGCGUAUUAGGAAUAAGAUCCAAAAUUCCGUGAUCCAUUUUGGGGAUGAACCAAGAUAUAAAUGGGUUUAUGAUUGAUAUAAUCAAUUUGAUAUGAUGAUCAUGAAGAAGCUUUUGAUUGUUUCUUUCUUUUGGGAAGUUCUAUUUUUUCUC